AGAAGCUUAGUCAAAAACAAGUAUUAUCUUGUGUUCUACCAUCUAUUACAUAUCCUUUAGAUACUAGUAAUACUAUGCAUAUGAAAGGUGUAAUACCAGCAAUUUAUGAAAUGCUUUUCACCUAUAAUGAUCAUUGGUUCUUAUAUUGGCUAAAAGAUAAUCCAUCUGAACUUCAGAUAUCACCUACUCUUUCACUUGAUACACUAUUACCAGUUCAUAAAGCCUAUGCAUAUUUGGCUCAUAUUAUUGAAUCAUUAAGGUUUUGCUUAUCAACUUUAAAUAAAGGUUCAGGAGGGGAGGAAGACGAGAAUAAUUAG